CCUAUCCGCCGUGUUGGGAGCUCCGAGAACGCUGCCGAACGUACAUGUACAUAGUACGUCUAAAAUACGGGCACGGGCGUUACCAAUUGAAGCAACGAAAAUGAUGCGAAAAUACUAAAAAAAAAAUCAUCUUUUAAUUAAUCGAAAAAAUAUAUAAAAGAAAAUUACAAAAAACAGUGCCAUCAAGACGGAGCAACAAAAUAAAUUGAAUUCAAUUCAAUUGAAUUUAAUAAAUAAAUAAAAGAAAAAUAAUCGAGCGGAACACAACAAAUAUUACACAGUAGAUGAGUAGAAGUACAAGCAAAAUGAUGAUGCUAGCGAUCGCGCUGCUGUUAUGUUUGCUGCAAUCCAUCCAGAGCUAUAACAUCGAUCUGCCCAGCUAUGUGAGACAUCGGCACGCCCCCAACUCAAUGUUUGGAUUCAGCAUCGCCCUACACAAGACGCGCAACGACUUUUCCAACUUCAAUUCACUCGUCGUUGGUGCUCCCAAAUUUGAUACAUCCAGUUACCAGCAGGGUGUUAAGGAGGCGGGCGCCGUCUUCAGAUGCAGCAUGAACGAUGACGAGUGUAAGCUGGUUACUUUUGAUUCAAAAGGUAACAAUCGCAACGAGAAGGGAGAGAUUAUCGAUCGAAAGUCCUACCAAUGGCUGGGCGCUACUGUGGCCACAGGACGCGAUAAUGACUUAGUUGUGGCAUGCGCUCCACGUUACGUCUUCCACUCGAUGAGUCCAUCGUCGGCGCUCCGCUUUGAUCCGGUCGGAACCUGCUUCACAUCCCACAACUUCCAGCAGUUCCACGAGGUCUCCCCCUGUCGCACAAAUAACUGGGGCUAUCAUCGGCAGGGUUCGUGCCAGGCCGGCUUCAGUGCGGCUAUCAACAGUAAUGGGUCGCGUUUGUAUAUCGGUGCACCUGGCAGCUGGUACUGGCAAGGACAAACCUACUCAAUACCGUCCGAUGCCGAGUUUCCAUUUAAGCCGCCUUUUUAUCAGCCCUUCGGCACUGGAGGUCAAACCUACAGCACUGAUGUGACCAGACCAGAGAAUCAGGUUUUCUUCACGCCAGAGAGCUCCUCGCCCAAUGAUGACUCUUACCUGGGCUACUCGAUGGUUACCGGCGAUUUCAACGGUGAUCACAACGAGGAUGUUGCCAUUGGUAUGCCACGUGGUGCGAAUUUGCUGGGAAAGAUAGUGGUCAAUCGUUGGAAUAUGGCCAACAUUUUCAAUAUUACGGGUCGCCAGAUAGGCGAGUAUUUUGGCUAUGCCCUUUCUACCAGCGAUGUGGAUGGAGAUGGUCUAGACGAUUUAAUCAUUGGUGCACCCAUGUAUACCGAACCUGGCAACGUUGAGGGCAAAUACGAUGUGGGACGUGUGUAUGUUUUGGUGCAACGCGGUACUACGCCGCUGGAACCUUGGACCACGGAAUAUAUUCGGGAUGGAUUCAAUACCAAAGGACGUUUCGGUCUAGCGCUGACGACACUAGGCGAUGUCAAUCGGGAUGGCUAUGGUGAUUUUGCCGUGGGUGCACCUUACGAUGGACCCGAGGGACGUGGUGUGGUCUAUAUCUAUCAUGGAUCGGCACAAGGUCCGCUGGCCAAACCCUCACAGAUCAUCAAGGCCGAGGAACUGGUGGAGGGCGCUCCUUAUCCGCGUACUUUUGGCUUCUCAUUAUCUGGAGGCGUAGACAUGGAUGGCAAUACAUAUCCGGACUUGGCGGUUGGCGCGUAUGCCGCUGAUCAAGUGUUCAUAUUUAAAGCACGUCCCGUAGCUGCUGUUAAUGCUGAAACGACAUUUUCCAAUCCCUCAAAGCUGAUUAACCUGGAAGAGCGCAACUGUCAGCUGCAACGUGAUCACUCAAAAGUACCCUGCAUGGAGUUGACCACUUGCUGGAGCUACACCGGAAAGUACCUGCCCGAGGAGCUGGACUUUGAUGUAUCCUGGGUGCUGGAUGCAAAGAAGACGCGCAAUCCUCGUAUGUUCUUCCUAUUAGACGAGGGCAAGAACAUUCGAAACCAGACCAUUCGCCUCGCCUAUGGACGUCGCUACUGUCGCAAUGAAACCGUAUAUCUAAUCGACAACGUACAGGACAAGCUGACGCCCUUGGAAGUGGAAGCGCGAUAUAAUCUGCGCAGCAGACGCCAAUUCGAGCCUGUCGUCCGACGCAAGCGAGACGCCUUGGAGCCCGUCAUCGAUCAGAAUCGCGAAAUUGUGCUCCGCGACGCCAUCAAUAUACAGAAGAACUGCGGUCCGGACAAUAUUUGCGAGCCGGAUCUGAAGCUGGAGAUAAAAACUGUGGACAAAUAUUUGUUUGGUUCGCCAGAGCCUCUGACCUUCGACGUGCUUAUAUCAAACGGCAACGAAGAUGCCUUUGAAGCAGCAUUUUAUAUGGUAAUGCCGAGGGAACUGGACUUUAAGAAGCUGCAGCAGCUGGGCGACAAGAACGAUCCACCGAUCACAUGUACCGCUCCCUCCCCUGCCAACAACUAUACGCUCAAGUGCGACAUUGGCAAUCCUCUGCAGGGACAAAAAGUGGCUAACUUCAGGGUGAUAUUGACGCCUGCCGAGAAAUUUGGCAGCUCACGCAGCUACGAGUUCUUCAUGGAGGCCAACUCGACGAAUCUGGAGAAGCCCAAUUCUCACUUCGACAACAUAAUACGCAAGAGUAUUGGCAUCUGGGUGGACACGGAUCUGGACAUCCGAGGAAAUUCGGUUCCCGAUUUUGCACCUUACAAGGCCAGCGACUACAAGGCCGUAGAGAAUGCGACGAACGAGAACGAUUUGGGACCGCACGUAGUACACAUCUAUGAGAUACGCAAUAAUCGCCCAUCGAUCAUUGAGGAGGCGGUGGUUCUCAUCUAUUAUCCCUACGAGACGAUUGCUGGGGAUCCGCUGAUGUAUGUCCUUAAGCAGCCAGAAGUGGGUGGCAACAUUCGCUGCGAUCCUCAUAGCUAUGUCAAUCCACGUAACCUUAAACUCGAUGAGGCUCUCUCACGCAAGUCCUUCCUACAUAGCGAUAGUUCGAGUGCCGCCGCUGAUGCUGCAGCCAUUGGCGGAAGUACGGUUGUCAUAGGCAGUGGCGCUGCCGGCAGCGAAUCAGGUGGCCAUAUUGAGAUAUCGCAGAGCAGCCAAGCUGGAGGAACCGUACACGUUGGCCGAGGUGGCACACGCCUGUCGCCUAAGGAGAAGGAGCUGUUGGAACGCGAAGAUGCCCAAGAUGUCUCCGGUGAUGCUUCUUUUGUUCACUCGUUCCGCGCCAAUCAGGCUGCUGCCGAACAGGAAACUGGUGGAGCGAGCGGUGCGGACGGUGGUGGCUGGUCAACCUGGUCAUCGUCAUGGAACUCCUCUGCAGGUGGUGCUGCUCCAGCCAGCGUGGUGGUUUCAGCCAAGAACGUCACCACCUACUAUGAUGACAGUGGACGGCCGCAUGUCGUGGAGAGUAGCACCGAGUAUGUUCACAAUCUGGAACGUGGACCGGCGCAGCAGUACGUGCAGCAUGCCUCUCUGGGAGGUGUACGUGGUGGCAGUUCCCACGGUGGCAAAGCACACAGCACCCAAGGGCACAUACAAAUGGCCGCACCCAGCGGACAAAGCAGUGGCUAUCAGCAGACCUUUACCCAGGGGGCAAACUAUCAGCCCCGACAGUACCAACAGCAAUCGCAACAGUCCCAGCAACAGAUCCAAAGCCCGGCUGGCUAUAGCGACUAUGCGGGUGGCCAGUCAGCCGAUAAGUCUAUUCAUGCGGGACGUGACGGCUUUCGGACAGGCACCCUCGACUUGGGCACUAUUGAUCGCACCAAUGUGGACAAUGAACUGCGCAACCGUGGUGCUGGUGGCGCUGGAGGAGGCGGAAGCAGCAGCAGCAGCUAUAGCACCCAGUACGGCAGUCGUCCGGGCACAGUGCACCACCACGAGACUGUCUAUAGCUCAGGUUCGAAGCCUUAUUACGGCCGUGAAAAUGAGGAUUACUAUGAUGAGGACAAUCUGCUGCAGCAGCAGCAACAACAGCAAUUGAGCAACGCUGGCGGCGGUGGUCAGCAACAAUGGUCCAGUUCAUCGUCUCAGCGUCGCUUCCGUCGCGCUGAUGGCCCCACAUCUAGCUCCAAUGGGGAACCCAAGCAAGUGGACUUAAACUCACCCUGCAAGGCGGCCAAGUGUGAAACUCUGCGCUGUGUUGUCAAGAAUCUGGAUGAGAAAGAGGCGGCCUAUGUAGCCAUACGCACUCGCCUGGUAGCCCACACCAUGGAGAAGAUCGCCUCGAAUGUACCCCUAAAUGUGUCCACGCUGGCGGUGGCGCAUGUGACCCUACUGCCCUUCAUUGGCCGUCCCAAGGACGAGAUCAAGAAGUCAUUCGAGAUAUUCUACAAGGCGGUGCCAGAGCCCACGCCCACGCCUGAUGUGGUGCCUCUAUGGGUGGUCGUUCUUUCGGCGUGUGCGGGUGCGCUAAUCUUUUUGCUGCUCGUCUUGGCGCUCUACAAGUGCGGCUUCUUCAAUCGAAAUCGUCCAACAGAUCACUCGCAGGAGCGACAACCCCUGCGCAAUGGCUACCAUGGGGAUGAGCAUCUGUAGAUAUCGUAGUCUGUAGAUGCUUAACCGCCCACCAGUGCCAGUCCGUAGUUAACAACGACUUUGGAACGAUUAACACAUCGCACUAGAAGUACUAAACAUUAGAAAACCCGUAACGAGAUUCAGCGAAAACCCCUUCUACUAAUACGCGCUCAGAAGUGAUCUAUCGGAGGCAUGAGCGCGAUUUAAAAACUACAACAACAACGUAUAACUGCUAGUCACGAAAUUUUAAUAAUUUUCUUUUUCAACGAGAGCGCCAGAGAAAAUAAUUUCACACACAGCUUACCUUUAGACGAUGUUCGAACGAAGCUGCAAUUAAUUUGAUUAAUUACAAUUUUUUUUUUUUUUUGUUUGGUUUGUUUUAUCAAUCCAUGCUAACAUUUUAUGUGCUAUAUUUGAAUCUUAACAAAGAGCGUUAUUUUAAGGAGUGAGUGCGUGCGUGUAUGGGUGCGUGAGUGAGUGUCGCGUGAUUUGUGUGUUUUCUAGUUAAUAUGUGUAUUUAGGACAGAAUAGAGAAAAAAUGAGAUAGAGAAGUGUCUAACUGCCACAGCCACAGAUAAAAUAGAAACAAAUCCCGAGUUCUAGAUACUACUAUAUAUCCUGUACCCAAAAUGACUUCAAAAUUAAAGAACCUUCUCCUUUGAAGCUGAGAAGGAGUUUGGUUUGCAAAAAACAAACCCUAUCGUUAUAUUCGAGUAUAUACAUAUACAUAUACUUACUCUUCUCUUUUUAUCUAUUUGCCUUUUUUCCGAGUACAGGGUAUAUACAUAUAUAUAUAUUUAUAUAUAUAAAACAAUGCGUUAGGUGCUACUCUAUAGUUAUAGAUAUCUUAUGACCAUUUGAAAUUGUUGGUGUAUUGAUGUUUUCCCUUUCAAGUUCUCCCCCUUUUUGAAACUAGAUGGCCAAACUCAAAGUUAGGCAAUUCAAAAACAAACAAUAACUUGUUGAAAAAAUGAAGAAAAAUUUUAAUAGUUCAUAUAUAUAUAUAUAUAAAUAUAUAUGUAGUACAUAUAUAAUUUUUUUUUGUUUAGGUUGUACAAUAUAAUUUUUUGUAAAUACUAAAAAAAAGAAAUAGAAAGUGCAGCAUUGAGUUAAGAAACUUGCAUUUAUUUCUUCACUACACCGCAAGAAGUCGAGGCCCAGAAAAUGGAACCGCACUCCUUCUUUUGGUGUACUCUCGAAAUACAUAGGAACCGCUCGAACGGGGGAGUGCGCACUUGUUUGUGUUACCGGGUGGCUUUACAUAUUCUGCCCAAUAUAUUGCUAUUAAUUAAUUAAUUAAUUGUAAACUGUGUAAUUUUACUAACGGAAUCUCCGCAACUCUUGCUUGCAGUUAGUUUUGUCAAAUUGUUCGCUAUUAUUUAAUUUAUUAACUGUACUUAUUAACGCGCGUUUUUCAAUGAUUUGUAUUAAACGAAUAAUUGUUAAUUUAAGGACUAUGAAAUAAAAAAAAUCGAUUAUAAUAAAAA